AUGGAUGCGUUCCAGGUUGGUAUGGCGACACGUGCAAAAAAAACGUGCAGUAUCAGGUGUUCUAAUAUAUUGUGUAGUCAAGAAACAGGAUAUUGUGAUAGCGGAUGUGCUUCCGGUUGGUAUGGUAAUACAUGUGAAGAGACUUGCAGUAAUACAUGUUCCAACGUUUCAUGUAAUCAGAUAUCUGGGCUGUGUGACGUCGGAUGCACUUCUGGUUGGCAUGGUGACAUAUGCAACUAUAAAUGUAGCGAAAAUUGUAAAGCCAGUAUUUGUGAUAGAGAAACGGCACAAUGUUUGCAAGGAUGUGAAUCUGGAUUUGAUGGAAAUUUCUGUAAUAAGACCGUGAAAACUGGCUUUGAUUCCACUCUAGUCGGCUUAAUUGGCUGUUUGUCUGGUGUCACAUCAUCGGUUAUAUUAGUACUAGUUGUCGUGCUAAUAAGAAGGGUAGUACGCAGAGAGAAGCGCUGUGGCAACCUAGAAACAUCUACGCAAGAAAUGACUGAGCAGGUAUACGAUGAAAUAGCCGAUACUACUGCUACAACAACAGAAAUAUGUCUCGAUGGUUUGUACUCAAACAACACUUCACUCGAAAAUGCAGAUACCCUUAAUGCUGACAACUAGUCAAGGAAGUGUUAUGAAAUUAACGACAUAUAUUCAAGUAUUCCUCUCAGCACGGAAGCUAAAGAACAACAUAAAAGUAAACCACAAAACGUCCCACCAUCUAGCUCAGACAUUACUGGAAAUGAUGCUGAAACUACUGAUGUUGCUGAACCAGAUUGUUUUAACACAUCAAGACGAUGUCUUGAAAAUACAGAUAUUGGUAAGGUAUCUAAAUCUAAACACUUUUCCGAACUUUGCGAAGCUGAUAUGAUUGACAUAAAAAAGUCAAAGAACAAAGAAAACAAGAACACAGAUAUACAUAAGGAGAAAGAAAACUCAGAAGAUAUAAUUCAGGAAACAGACAGUUCUAAAAUCGAUGCAAACUUUUCAAUAAAAAAUGGCGAUGAUCAAGGAAAGAGUAUUAAACAAGCACUGAAAACGGCUAAAGAAACUGAACUAGACAUGCGAUUGCAAACGACACAAACACCUGAAAACCAAAUUGUGGCAGAUUGACAGCCCUUAUUACUUACACCGAAUUGUUUGAUGGACCUGAUUACAAAUGGCAUCUUAAAAAGUAAACGUUUUGCGACCACUUGAAUGUGGAUAAAUCAAAAGUGUUCCUUUGUUUGUUCGUUUUGUUCUGUGUUCGAGUGUGUGUGUGUGUUGGUGUGUGCGUGUGUGUGUGCGCGUGCAUGCGUGCGUGUGUGUGUGUGUGUGUGUGUGCGUGUGCGUGUGCGUGUGCGUGUGUGUACGUCUACGUGCUGUGGGUUUCGUUUUGUGGAGGCUGCGUUUUUGGUACGUAGCAUUCCCUGUUUGAUAUUUGUCUUUGUUUUUUAUACUGGUAAUCGAUGAAUUAGAGUAACUGAUACAAAGAUGGAUGAUUUAAUAACUUGCAGUGAUAAAAUAUCCAUUAUUAAAUUACGAAAAUAUAUGUAACAUUAGAUCCGUUGAAAAGUGAUGAACAGCUAAUAUAACAAAUUAUCUGAAUCUUUUUAGGGAUAAUAUAAGUUUUCUUGUGUAUUUACGUCUGCAGAAGACCUUGAGAUAUGUUCGAACGAAAAUGCAAAAAAGUGUAUUGUCGCUAUUCUUGCAUAAAAAGUCAAGACACGACGGCUAAAUGUAUUGAUUUCCUAUGUGAUGACUUUGCGAUUCCAGUACAUUUUUAAUCACCAUUCUUUUGUUCUUGGAAACGGUAAACAUGUUUUAAAUGUCAAUAACCGGGGCCCAGAAAUCAACAACACUGCCAAAAGCAUACAUGUAUUGAAGGUUUUCAAACGAUUUCGUUAUUUCUUCCUUUGAUAAACAUGACAUUGGAAUUUAUCAUUAAAAGUUUUAUAAACGUUUUUUUUUUGUGUAUUAACAUCUGCAGAAACCUAAAGGAUUAUUGUAGAUCGAGACCGAAGGUCGUAGACACCAACAUAACCCAAAGGCGUCUGCAGACGUUAUAUUUUGUUGUACACAAAACAAACAUGAAUUGUCGCUAUUCUUUCGUAAAUAUAUCGUACGAAGACUGAA